AUGAAUCUGGAAGUCAUGAAAAAGCCAUCCUCCUCCCAUGACUCUGGGGAUGAUGUAGAGAAGAACGAUUCAGAUAGCUACACAAAUCCCAAGUACAGUGCAUACAGCCCCCGUCAAUCAAGACGCGGGCCUGAUACCACAAAUGGCCGGACGGGCAAUGAUCCUGCUGAGGCCACAUCCAUCCGCUCUCUCUAUAGCCGUGAUACGGAGGAAGGAGCCGUCUACGAGUCUGUCUCGGCUCCUACUUCUCCUUCCGGGAGCAUAGCUCCUCAUAACUAUGAGAACGCAUCGGUGGAGCGCGUUCGGGAAAUUGACCUGCUUCCGCAUCCUCUGGAGAUUAAGCCGGUGUCACCCUCUCAACCACAACCACGAUCUACCGUGGAAAGCGGCACAGAGCCUUUCCCAGAUUACGACGAGGCGUGUGAGAUAAACUUACCAGCCAUCGAAGGAGCUCUUGAGGUGGCCUAUAUCUACGCCCUGUCUCAUGAGUCGUUCUACAGUCGCCAACGGGAGGCAGAAUACCUCCACACUUGCCAGGGUGAAGUAGGAUCAGAAUGGCCCGGGGAUCCGCCAGGAUCGCCAUCAAUUGGUCCAGGUAAAUCGACCGCGAGCACCAAUCCGCUCACGAAAGCAAAUCCUUGUGCUCAUCCAGACACCACGUCGGGUUGUCAGGCUGCUAGAGCUAGCACCCCUGAGCAGGUGUCUGGGCCAGUUGACGGCCACCCUCAGACCCCGGCGGCUUCUACUGGUGGAUCCUCUGUAGCGCCCUCGAGCAUUUCAGUCACUCAUUUGAGUUCUCUGGGGUCUGCCGCUGAGCCAGAGUCAGCUCCGCAAACCAAUCCGAUUGUGUCUCCGGCCAGAUCCCAGAAUAGAGUGGACUCGGUGCUGGGUGAAGAUAUGUCUGAGCUGGAGUACCUCUCAGAUACUGACAUCAUGUCCUACAUCCCGAUUCCAGGUGCCGACGAUGAGCGUCAGGGUCUCCUGGAGGAAAUGAGGACGCUGCUACAGAGCCCGCAGGCGCUGUACAGACAUAGAAAUCUGUACAGUCAAAUGAGCACUCAUGCGCUGGCCGUCUCCCACAUCUGCUUGCGCCGCUUCAUGAUGGCCCCUCGCAAGGACUACGAUGCUUUCCUUCGCCCAGACGACAUUCGUUUACUGCUCCCCUCGCUCGCUGGGCUGAGACAGCUUGCCGAAAAUCUCUUCGUCAUGCUGAGACAGGAGUGGGAGAUGGAGAACGUUGACGACCUCGUCCGGGAAGUGGGAUAUAAAUCGAGGGAGGACAACGUCGCGCCCAUAAGGCGCUUUGUUAAUGUCGCAGACACGAUCGUCGAGAAACUCUACUUCGUCCAGCCGAUAGAGCUGCAAAUGUUCGAGGUAUUCUACAAUUUUUUCUUCGCGUGGCUAUACGACGAUUUCUAUACUUUUCGUAUAGCCCAGAUGCUGGCUGGGACCGAACCCGACCCGGAUCGCAUUGCCGUAACGAGCACCAUAUUGGAGAUCUACGACUUCAUCAACGGUACCCGGGACUACUACCUUAAUCUCGCCGAGUCCAACGACAGGAUACGCCUCGAAGUCUUGAUACCCAUGGCCAACCAAGUGCCCAUUGGUUCCAGGGUGUGGAACUACGUCCUCAACCGGAGCAAACGGAUGCUCGGAGGCCGCCAUGCUCGUGACGAGCUCGAGCUCUCCCAGAGACAGCAGGAACUGCAGGAACUGCAGGCACGGAAUGACCCAUUUGCUGGUUUGGACCACCCCAAUGUGGAAAACCCCGUUUCCUGGAGUGUACAUAGAGGCUGCGGGCCCUACGAAACACUUGUCGUUUGUGGCACUGAAAAUGUAAUUUAG